CAUAAUUCUUGACAUGUUUCUCUUUUUUGGGUGGCAAAGGAGGCUUCGUUCUUUAUUCUGCAAUGCAUGAUACUGAUUUCGUUGAAUGGAAGAUUACCUGUUAUGUUCUUCUUGAUUAGUUCUCAGUCUUUUCCAUGGAUUUCAUAUUUCAGGAUUUCCGUCAGCUUCUUGAUGAAAAACUUGAACUAUCAUUGAAGUUGAGAGACUUAACUAUUCACUGGGUACAAGAAGGAUUUCAAGAAUUCUUCAGAAAACUCAAUGAGUGAUUCCUUUUUCUUUCAGGCAAGAGUAAGUCAGGUAGCCAAGAUCUAAGUUUGACGCAGGGAGUGCAAGGAGAAAUGGUCCUUCCUGGGAUUGUUCUUCUGCUUGCUCAACUAUCUCUUUUCAUUGAGCAAAGUGCUAUCCCAAGAAUUACCGAGGAAAUAGCUUCUUCCUUUUCUUCUGGUGGUGCUCGGGGUUAUGAGUAUGGCCCUGCUUUCAUCCCUGCAGUGAUUUGUCGCACCUUCCGGGUAGCUGGGGAGAAGUGCUUGGACCAUGUAUGGAUUUUUGGAUCAUCUUUUGCACUGCUUGUUCUUGCUCAAAAACUUUCACUUUCUAUGUGCAAAAUUGUUACAUUUGUGUAGUGAAAUUUGGAGGGCUAUUAGCCUAGCUCGCUAGAUUCGAGACUCAAAA